AUGUCAAAUCCAAUCAAAUAUAAUUAUGGUCCUCGAUCAGUCGCUGUAUGCCAUAUCAACAAUGAUACAUGGUUAGAUAUUGUUGUUGCAAAUCAUGCUGUUAAUGAAAUUGCCGUAUUCCUCGGCCAUGAUGAUGGUACUUUUAGAAAUCGAAAAAGUUAUUCAACUGGUAAUGGUUCUUCUCCAUAUAUGGUUGCAGUAGGUGAUUUCAACAAAGAUCAUCAGAUAGAUAUCGCUGUUGCAAAUUUCGGCACUAACAGCAUAGGAGUCUUUCUUAGAUAUGAAAAUAGAUCAUUUGAAAAGCAAAUUUUGACUUCAAUUGGUUUGUCACGACCAUUGUGGAUACACAUUGCAGAUUUCAAUAACGAUACAUUACUCGAUAUUGUCACUGCAAAUUAUGGUACAGAUAGUAUUAGUGUUCUAUUAGGACAUGGAAAUGGAAGUUUCUCAAAUCUAGUCAUGUAUUUAACAGGUUAUGAUUCACGUCCGUUCUCAGUUGUUGUUGGAGACUUAAAUAAUGAUAACCAACUAGAUCUUGUCAUUGCAAAUUCAGGUACAAAUAAUGUAGACAUACUGCUUGGAGAUGGUCGUGGUAACUUUACAUAUGAAAAGACGUUGUCCACAGGCUCUGGUUCUCAUCCAUACUCUGUUAUUGUUGCCCAUUUCAAUAAUGACAACUUAAUGGAUAUCGCUGUCGCCAAUUAUGGAAAACAAUGUGUGGAUGUACUUCUGAAUUAUGGCAAUGGAACUUUUACACAACCAAAAACAUAUUCACUAGGUAGUAGUUCACCAUAUUCAUUGACUACUGGUGACUUCAAUAAGGACAAUCAACUUGAUAUAAUUGUCACUAAUAAAGGCACUAAAAAUAUAGGUGUACUUCUCAGCAAUAGCAAUGGUAUUUUUACAAGUCCAAAACUGUAUUCCACUGGAUCGACUUCUUCGAUAGCAAUAGCCCUAGACGAUUUCAACAACGACGGUCGAUUAGAUAUGGUCAUUGUAAAUGAUGAUACUAACAGUAUAGGUACUGUUCUUGGUUAUGACAUGGGUUUCUCAAGCCAAAAUGAUUAUCCUCUUGGAUCUACUCCACAGUUUGUAGCUGUCGCUGAUUUCAAUAAUGAUACACGGCUAGAUAUUGUUGUUACUAAUCCUUUUGCUAACAGUGUUACAAUACUUCUUACAUCCGACAAUAGUUCUUAUCAAAAUGAAAUGAUAUUUUCUACUGGUUCAUCUCCGUACGGAUUAGGUCUAGGUGAUUUCAACAAUGACACAAAAUUGGAUAUUGUCGUCAGUAAUAGUGAUAAUAACACUGUAAGUGUACUUCUUGGAUUUGGGAACGGAUCUUUUGAAAAUCAAAUGAUAUUUUGCACUGGCUCUCGUCCUCAAGGAAUAACUGUCGGUGAUGUCAACGAUGACUCAAACUUGGAUCUCAUCAUCGCUAAUAGUGAGGAUAACACUGUGAGUGUACUACUCGGAUAUGGUAAUGGUUUUUUCAAAGACCAAAAAACAUUUCUUACUGGUUCUUCUCCCCAAUCUGUGGCGAUCGGUGAUUUUAAUAAUGAUACUCGAUUGGAUCUCGUGAUCACUAAUAAUUAUGACGAAACUGUAAGUGUACUUCUCGGAUAUGGGAAUGGAUAUUUUGAAGAUCAAAUGACAUUUUUCAUUGGUUCUCGACCGAGUGCAAUAGUUGUCGGUGAUUUCAAUAAUGACAAGUGGUUGGAUAUUGUCGUCACAAAUUUUGACGGUGUCAACACUGUUAGUGUAUCUCUCGGAUAUGGUAAUGGCUCUUUUAAAAAUUGCAUGGCCUUUUCCACUGGUAGUUAUCCUUCCUCAAUAGUUGUUGCUGAUUUUAAUGGUGACAAACGAGUUGAUAUUGUCGUCACUAACUAUAAUGAUAACUCUGCAAGUCUACUUCUAGGAUAUGGAAAUGGUUCUUUUGAAAAUCAAAAAGUGUUCGCUGCUGGUUAUCGUCCACAUGGAGUAGCUGUCGGUGAUUUCAACAAUGACACCAAGCUAGAUAUUGUUGUGACUGGUUACGGGCACGAUCAAGUGCAUGUGCUGCUUUACGAUAACAUCGGAGGUUUGGGAAAGGAAAUAUUGUUUGCCUCUGGCGACGGUUCGCGUGUACGUUGCGUUGCUGUUGCUGAUAUUAACAAUGAUUAUCGACUAGACAUUAUCAUUGCUAAUUAUGGUACUGACAACGUAGGUGUUAUUUUUGGAUAUGGUAAUAGCACUUUUGGAACUCAGAUGUUAUAUACAAUGGGUCUCAGUUCUCGUCCAUCUUCACUGACUAUAGGUGAUUUCAAUAAUGAUGCUCAAUUAGAUAUUGCAGUGACCAAUUCAGGUACGAAAAAUAUCGAAUUAAUGCUCGGUAGUGAGAAUGGAACGUUUUUACGUCAAAAAAGCUAUGAUAUCUUUUCGGAUUUUACUCCUAUCUCUAUUGCCGCUGGUGAUUUCAAUAAUGAUAGACGUUUCGACAUAGUUGUUGCAUACGAUGAUACUGAAGUUGUGAGUAUAUUUGUUGCAUAUGAUCUAGGAUUUUUUAAAAAUGUGGCGACGUAUUUAACUGGUGGUGGACCACAGUCGGUUGUUGUUGGUGAUUUCAAUAAUGACACAAAAUUGGAUAUCGUCGUCAGCAAUGGCCCUGCAAAUACCGUUAGUAUACUUCUGGGAUAUGGCAACGGCUCUUUCGAAAAUCAUGUGACAUUUGACACUGGCUAUUUUCCACAGUCUAUAGUAGUCGAUGAUUUCAACAAUGAUACACAAUUGGAUAUUGUCGUCACUAAUAGAGGUGAUGACACUGUGAGUAUACUCAUCGGAUAUGGCAAUGGUCAUUUUCAAGAUCAAGUAAAGUUUCACACUGGCUCUUAUCCACAGUCUGUAGCGGUUGGGGAUUUCAACAAUGACACAAGAUUGGAUCUUGUCGUCUCUAAUAGUCAUGAUAACAAUGUCAGUGUACUUCUCGGAUAUGGUAAUGGAUCUUUUGAAAAUCAAAUGAAGUUUUCUACUGGCUCUCAUCCACAAGGAGUAGCUGUUGGUGAUUUCAAUAAUGACAAAAUAUUGGAUAUAGUCGUCACAAAUGCCAAUGAUAACAAUGUAUGUUUAUUUCUUGGAUAUGGUAACGGUUCUUUUGUAAAUUCUGGGACAUUUGAUACUGGCUUUUCUCCAGAACAUGUAGCAGUCGGUGAUUUCAACAAUGAUACAAGAUUGGAUAUUGUCGUCACUAAUAAGUAUGAUGGGAGUGUGAGUGUUCUUCUCGGAUACGGCAAUGGAUCUUUUCAAAAUCAAAUGAAAUAUUUCACUAGUAUUUUUAUAGAGUCUGUAGCCGUCAGUGAUCUCAAUAAUGAUGCUAAAUUGGAUUUUGUCGUUGCUAAUAGUGGUGAUAAUACUGUGAGUGUAUUCGUUGGAUAUGGCAACGGUUCUUUUUUUCAAAAAAUAACAUAUGCCACAGGUUCUUUACCGUUAUCCGUAGCUUUUGGUGAUUUUAACAAUGAUACUCGAUUGGAUUUCGUUGUUACCCAUGAGGGAAGCAACAAUGUGGCUCUAUUUUUAGGAUAUGCCAAUGAAGCUUUCGUACAAGAAAGUGUACUCUUAAUUGGUAAUGGUUCUCGACCUAGAUCGUUUAUUGUUGGAGAUGUUAACAAUGAUGGUAACAUGGAUAUCGCUGUUGUCUACUCAAGUACUAAUAAUGUGGGUAUUUUUCUUGGGCAUGGUAAUAACUCUUUUUCACAUCAACUAACAUGUGCAACGGGUAAAAGUCCAAAAUCUUUAGCUUUUGGUGAUUUCAACAAUGAUAGCAACUUGGAUAUCGUCAUCGUUAAUUCUAAGGACAACAACAUAAGCGUUCUUUUAGGAUAUGGUAAUGGUUUUUUUGCGAAUCAAGUGACCUAUUCAACUGGCUCUAAUUCUGAGCCAUACUCAGUUGCAGUCGCUGAUUUCAACAACGAUGGUUUAUUAGACAUUAUCGUUGCCAAUCAUGGUUCGAACAGUGUGGGCGUUCUUCUUGGAUAUGGUAAUGGCAAUUUCGCCUAUCCAAAAUUGUUCACAAUCGGUUAUGGAACUCUUCCAUUUUCUGUUGUUGUUGGCGAUUUUAAUAAUGACAGAAAGCUAGAUUUAGUGACAGCUAACGAGGGCACUGAUAAUCUAAAAGUUCUCAUACAAACGUGUUAG